AUGGUUAACAGAGAAGUAGAGGAAAUAGUCAAAUCAGAUGAGGAAAUCGUCAAAUCAGAUGAGGAAACCGUCAAAUCGGAUGACGAGACGGCCAAUCCUCAUGAGGAAGACGGAAAAAGGGAAUGCAAGAGAACAACAGGGAAUUGCACUGGGGAGUUUUUAGCCCAUCCGAAUGAUAACCAAGAAAAAGAUUGUUACGAAGAGAGGGAUACUGAGGAAGGUUAUAGUAAUCGCAAUGCAAACAGUAAAAUGCCAAGGGAUCUGUGCUUCGAUAGGUCCCUUAUCGAGAAUUGGGGUGGAGAAAAAGGAAGCAUUAUUCAUAAAGAGAAACAUAAGGAGGAGGGAGACGGCGCGGAUAGAGUGGAAGAUCCCAAAACGAACGAUCAUAUCCUCUGUGUGGAAAUUGAAACGGAGCCAAAGGAUGAAGACGCGUCUUCACCCGUAAUGGCCACCGGCAACGGCGGACCGUUCCAUUCGCGGAAAAGUUACCCUGGGGAAGAAGCAGACGUGCCAAGUGAGACGGGCCAAGUGGGUCACACAGGCAGAGGAAACCAAGAAACCGGAGCUACCCGAGAAGUCCCAAAUCGCAGCUACCGCAACGCGGGCGAAGGGGAUGAAAAAUUAAGCACCGACUUCAUUUGCACGAGGGAGCACCUGGACCGUGGGAAGGACCAGCAGAGUAAAGAUGGUGGUCACAAGCAUAACGGUGCGAAAGAGGAGGACGUGUAUUGCAGAAUUGACACCUAUCCAACAGUCGGCACAAUCCGAGUGGCGGCCAUAUGCCGGAACGACUCAAAUAAUGUUUCUGUUAAAGUUUUCAGUGACUUUCACGCAUGCAAAGAAGGAAGUCAAAAAAGGAAAGAGGAGCUAUCCGGCGGAUGGGAGGAGGAAGGUAAAAUUAUGCGCGAAGGCGGAAACGAUAGCGAAGGUUCUGGGGGAAAUGACAACAGAGGCGAGGCCACAAGCGGGGCUAGAAGCGAGCCGACAAAAGGGGCCACAAGCGGAAUCGUCGGGGAACCCCCAAACACUGACCCAAGUGUUGGCAAAAUCAGCGACCUGGGCCAUGCAAGCAGCAAGUACACAGAAGGUGCGUUUAGCCAAAAUACUAACGCAUUAAAUGACGGUUAUCACUUAGCUAAUGAGAAAAUAAGUCAAAACGAUUUAAUUAAAAAAAAAAAAAAUUUGCCCAAGAGGGUGCAUUACGAAGGAUAA